GAGCCUGCAAAAUUCGCUUACAAGUUGCUCAACCUCAUACGCCUGCUCGAGGAACGACGCGAUGUUCGUGGUUGGGUUCGGCAAAUCCACGUGCAUUUUUCGUCCUAUGGUGACAUCUUACCUGAUGUUUGGGACAGUGAAGGCAAAAUCACACCUCCGUGGCAAUCUAUCGCCAAUAUUGUUGGCUCAGGAUUCGAGUCAUGCUUGAGGCAAGCGACUGAAGCAGCGCCUGGAUCAGGUGCCGUGGAAAAAUGGCGAGGCUACCUUCUGUUCCUCCUUCUCCUUAACAUUCCCGAUGUCAGAGGCCUGAGCGUGACAGCAACACCCGGCACUUUCAGAUUUGCAGCCCAACUGGCGGACACAUACGCGACACGAAACCCAGAGAAAUCCUUGAGCCUAUUAAGACUGACAUCCUUGGCUGCAGGCGUUUGUGACCCAUCCGUCUUUGAUUGGAAGGGGUAUAAUUAUGGAUGCAAUCUGUGGAAGUCUUCCAUGACGCCGAAUCUGUUUCCCAAACUUUCCGAAGUCUGGGUUGGCAAUCUCCUCCUCGACGCCAUUGUCCCCCAUUGCAUGCCGAAGCAGGCAAACGACAACACCACUUCUGUAACUCUCCGAGACGUCUCAACCACAGCGGCAGAGUUGCGCGAGGCCGUUCAGCAACUCCGCAAUCUGAGAGCCUUUAAAUACCUGGUUAUCGACAUCAAAGAUUCGCCUUUAUCAUGUGGAAAAGUCGUGAAGGCCUUGGAACAACACGUUUCGACAUUAAAGACAUUCUAUAUUAUUCUUCCUUUUUCUUCGUUUUAG